AUGGCUGAUUAUACAGAUCAGGUAGAGAGGGAUAUUAAAGAUGCAAUUGAUAGGAAAGAUGAACAUCAGCUGAGAUUGAUCCUCCAGAGAACUUCCAAGUGCCAUAAAAACACACUUGUCUGGGCAUUAAGGAAAAAUAAGAAUCUUAGUAAAGAGACAUUAGACUUAUUGAUAGAAAAAGGGGCAGAUGUUAAUGCUUUUGACAAUGAUUGGACUGCAUUGAUGCAUGCUUGUGAUACUGGCUCUCUGGAAUAUACACAGUGGUUAACAGAGCGUGGAGCAGAUGUCAAUGCUAAGGACAAUUCUUAUGGUUGGACUGCAUUGAUGCAUGCUUGUAAGUCUGGCUCUCUGGAAUGUACAAAGUGGUUAACAGAGCAUGGUGCAGAUGUCAAUGCUAAGGACAAUAAUGGUUUGACUGCAUUGAUGUCUACUUGUAAGUCUGGCUCUCUGGAAUGUACACAGUGGUUAACAGAGCAUGGAGCAGAUGUCAAUGCUAAGGACAAUAAUGGUUGGUCUGCAUUGAUGCAUGCUUGUGAGUCUGGCUCACUGAAAUGUACUCAGUGGUUAACAGAGCAUGGAGCAGUUGUCAAUGUCAAACAGAAAGAUGGUAAAACUGAACUGAUGAUUGCAAUUGAGAAGAGGUCUCUUGAAUGGAUAAAGAUGUUCACAGACCAUGGAGCAGAUGUAAAUACCAUAAGCACUGAUGGUCAAACUGCACUGAUGCGUGCUUGUAUGGAUGGAUCUCUAGAAUUUACAAAGUUUUUAACUGAUCAUGAUUCAGAUGUCAAGGCCAAGGACUAUAAUGGUCGAACUGCAUUAAUGUUUGCUUGCAAGUCUGGCUCUCUGGAAUGUACAAAGUUAUUAACACAGCACGGUGCAGAUGUCAAUGAAAUGAACAAUGAUGGUUGGACUGCAUUGAUGUUUGCCUGUGAAUCUAGAUCUCUGAAAUGUACACAGUGGUUAACAGAGGUUGGUGCAGAUAUCAAUGCUAGGAACAAGUAUGGUUGGUCUGCUUUGAUGUAUUCUUCUAAGAAUGGGUCUCUGGAAUGCACAAAGUGGUUAAAAGAUCAUGGUGCAGAUGUCAAUGAUAGGAACAAGCAUGAUAGGUCUGCAUUGAUGUACGCUAGUAAGUCUGGCUCUCUGGAAUUAACUCAGUGGUUAGCGGAAAAUUGUGCUGAUGUCAAUGCUAGGGACAAUAAAGGUUUGACUGCAUUGAUGUAUGCUUGUAAGUCUAGCUCUCUGGAAUGUACACAGUGGUUAACAGAGCAUGGAGCAGAUGUCAAUGCUAGGAACUAUAAUGGUUGGACUGCAUUGAUGUAUGCUUGUAAGUCUGGCUCUCUGGAAUAUACAAAAUGGUUCACAGAGCAUGGUGCAGAUGUCAAUGCUAAGGACAAUAAUGGUUGGACUGCAUUGAUGUAUGCUUGUAGGUCUGGCUCUCUGGAAUGUACAAAGUGGUUAACAGAGUAUGGUGCAGAUGUCAAUGCUAGGAGCACUUAUGGUUGGACUGCAUUGAUGUCUGCUUGUAAGUCUGGCUCUCUGGAAUGUAAACAGUGGUUAACAGAGCAUGGUGCAGAUGUCAAUGCUAAGGAUAAUAAUGGUUGGACUGCAUUGAUGUAUACCUGUGAGUCUGGCUCUCUUAAAUGUACACAGUGGUUAACAGAGCAUGGUGCAGAUGUCAAGGUCAAACACAAAGAUGGCAAAACUGAACUAAUGAUUGCUAUUGAAAGGAGGUCUCUGGAAUGGUUAAAGAUGUUCACAGACCAUGGUGCAGAUGUCAAUACCAGAAGCACUGAUGGUAUAACUGCAUUGAUGCGUGCUUGUGAGUCUGGCUCUCUUGAAUAUACACAGUGGUUAACAGAGCGUGGAGCAGAUGUCAAUGCUAAGGACAGUUCUUAUGGUUGGACUGCAUUGAUGCAUGCUUGUAGGUCUGGCUCUCUGGAAUGUACAAAGUGGUUAACAGAGCAUGGUGCAGAUGUCAAUGCUAAAGACAAUAAUGGUUUGACUGCAUUGAUGUAUGCUUGUAAGUCUGGCUCUCUUGAAUGUACAAAAUGGUUAACAGAGCAUGGUGCAGAUAUCAAUGCUAAGGACAAUAAUGGUUGUACUGCAUUGAUGUAUGCUUGUAAGUCUGACUCUCUGGAAUGUACACAGUGGUUAACAGAGCAUGGAGCAGAUGUCAAUGUCAAACACAAAGAUGGCAAAACUGAACUGAUGAUUGCUAUUGUGAAGAAGAGGUCUCUGGAAUGGAUAAAGAUGUUCACAGACCAUGGUGCAGAUGUCAAUACCAGAAGCACUGAUGGUAAAACUGCAUUAAUGCGCGCUUGUGAGUCUGGCUCUCUGGAAUAUACACAGUGUUUAACAGAGCAUGGAGCAGAUGUCAAUGUCAAACACAAAGACGGUAAAACUGAACUGAUGAUUGCUAUUGAGGAGAAGAGGUCUCUGGAAUUGAUAAAGAUGUUGACAGACCAUGGUGCAGAUGUAAAUACCAGAAGCACUGAUGGUAAAACUGCAUUGAUGCGUGCUUGUGAGUCUGGCUCUCUGGAAUAUACACAGUGGUUAACAGAGCAUGGAGCAGAUGUCAAUGCUAAGGACAAUGAUGGUUGGUCUGCAUUGAUGCAUGCUUGUGAGUCUGGCUCGCUGAAAUGUACUCAGUGGUUAACAGAGCAUGGAGCAGAUGUCAAUGCUAAGGACAAUGAUGGUUGGUCUGCAUUGAUGCAUGCUUGUGAGUCUGGCUCGCUGAAAUGUACUCAGUGGUUAGCAGAGCAUGGAGCAGAUGUCAAUGUCAAACACAAAGAUGGCAAAACUGAACUAAUGAUUGCUAUUGUGAAGAAGAGGUCUCUGGAAUGGAUAAAUAUGUUUACAGACCAUGGUGCAGAUGUCAAUACCAGAAGCACUGAUGGUAAAACUGCAUUAAUGAGCGCUUGUGAGUCUGGCUCUCUGGAAUAUACACAGUGUUUAACAGAGCAUGGAGCAGAUGUCAAUGUCAAACACAAAGAUGGCAAAACUGAACUGAUGAUUGCCAUUGAGAAGAAGAGGUCUCUGGAAUGGAUAAAGAUGUUAACAGACCAUGGUGCAGAUGUCAAUGCUAAGGACAAUAAUGGUUGGACUGCAUUGAUGUAUGCUUGUAAGUCUGGCUCUCUGGAAUGUACAAAGUGGUUAGCAGAGCAUGGUGCAGAUGUCAAUGUCAAACACAAAGAUGGCAAAACUGAACUAAUGAUUGCUAUUCAGAAGAAGAGGUCUCUGGAAUGGAUAAAGAUGUUCACAAACCAAGGUGCAGAUGUCAAUGCUGCAACUGAUUCAGGCAGUACAGCACUCACAUACAUUAAAAGAUUCACCCCUUAUUGUAGGGAACAAUACAGCCUUCUGACCAGAUUAGGUGCUAAAGAUGAUGACUACAAACAUCUCAUGUCACUUAACAGCAAUGCAACUGAUGCUCAACAACAUGCAGCUGAAACAAAACUAAAUGCAAGUAAAGCUAAAUGGAAUCUGAGUUUAAAGUGUCAGACAAGGCGGUGUCUUUAUCAGACAAGCGUAUCGAAUAGUUUUUCGUACAAAAACACAAUUAAGAGGUUGAUUCAUGACAGGCAUAUACCCCAUGAAUUAGAGACAAUUCUGUUGUUUGAGAAUCCGGAUGACAAGUGUGAGAUAACAGCUAUACUACGAGAACUGCAUGCCAGCCAUGAGGUUGAGAGAGCACUGAUCAAAUACAGAACAGAACAAAUGAGCUCAGAAAAUUUAGCAUUGAGGGAACCAUUUGAGAAACUUGAACCACAUCAUCGGAAACUACUAAAAUGGUAA